UAUGGAGAAAUAUUUUCCCUUUACGUCUUUGGAAAAAUAAUAACUGUAGUCGGCAAAGAAACAAGUCUUGAAGUUAUUAGCAAUCAUCAAAGUUUUAAUUUCUUAAAAGCUUCCUUCGAUGUUAAUAUCAUCAUUAUUCCACUGUCAACUAUCAAUAUAAUGGAAAUCUGGGCUGGCCCAAAAAUUCGUUAUAUAGCAUAUUUGUUAUAUCAAUAUAACCUAUUUAACGGGUUUAAUAACAGAACAAUCCCGCUUAAUUUGUUAUUCGGACGUCCAGAUGCUUUCUUUGAAAACGUUAAAAAGGUUGUUCGUAAUGAAUUGUCUAAUGAUCUGGGGCAAUACACAAAUAAAAUUCAGGAUGCAUUAGAAAAAUCAAUAAGCAGGUAUAUUGGUGAAUGCAAAGAUCAAAGAUGUAUUAAAUCUCCACAACUAAUGCUUCUGCAAAUAGUUGCAAUACCUGCAGCCAGUAUUAUCGUUGGUGAAGAUUUAUCAAAUGAUGAAGAACUCAUCAAUACAUUUGCUAAUCUAACAAGGGAUAUUAUUCCAGCACUUUCAUUACCUCCGUUCCUAAAUUUUAUUCAUCCUUCCCUUCAUGCAAAUUUUUUUGCGUUUCGCCUAAAAUAUACUGGUCAUCUUUAUAAAAAACACAGGCAAGUGAUAACUGACAGAAUUAUGCAAAUUAUCAAACAACGUGAGAAUAAAAAAGAAUUUGGUAACACUUAUGAACCUCCGACGAAUAUUUUACAAAUAUUUAUUAACCUGUCAGAUAAAGAUGGAUUAGUUGAUGUAGAAGAAGUAACUGAUUACAUUAUUGAUAUUAUAUUUGCUGCUAUACAUACAACUUCACAAACUAUUUCGAGUGUUCUUUAUGAGUAUGGCGCCCGUCCUGAAUAUUGGAAUGAAUUACUUGAAGAAAAUAAAAAAAUAUCAUGUGAAAUUAAAGAUGGAUGCUUGACCGAUCAAGACGUUAAUAAAAUGGUUAAAUUAGAUAGCUUUAUAAGGGAGACUUUAAGAGUUUGGCAACCAAUUGUUGGAUUAGAACAUAAAGCCUUCAAUGACUCUUUUACUUUCUCGAAUGGUUAUCAAAUCCCAAAAGGCAGAAAUGUUUUAAUGGACUUUGUAGAGAUUCACGGCAAUCAUUCAGAUUCAAAUACAUUUAAUGGUUUUCAACACAUUGAAAAAAACUCUCGAGCUACAAAGACAGGAAGAGAAUAUUUGGCAUUUGGUCUGGGAAGGCAUGCAUGUUAG